GUGACUGUUUAGAUCAAAUCUGAUAGACUUCAUUGCACAUGCAAUCAAAAAGUGACAGAGCAGGGCACAUGUAAUAUGAACAUUUCAGAUUGAGUAAAGAUAACUGCAUGUACAGAGUAGUUGGCAGGUCAAUAUAAUGCAUGGAAUUCAAAUACUUAUAAACAAUUACAUAUACACAGCAAACCUGAUGAGAACAUUACAAAGGAGACAGAAUUUAAAUUAAAGUAAUCCUAAUUUUUACAAAGAAUUUGUUCAAGUAUGUCAAAAUGGAUGAAGAGGAAGAUAAACCGAACAAAUGGAAAGACUGGCGACUUUGCUGCACCGAUAUGAGAGAUUUCAUUUCAAAUAAACUCUUCAAAUCACCUACAUUUCAAGGAGCUGCAUUCAUUGUGGUUUUUAUUCUAACAAUAUGGGGAGCUAUCAUGAUCUACUUAGGGAUUGAUUUUUGUAUGCAAUGUCGGGCAGGCAUCCAGGACUACAUCUGUUCAUUCCGUAGUGAUCCCUGCAUGCCAAUCGCUAUGCCAAGCUUUACUGGCUGCAUCGGGCUACUCUGUAUAUUGGGGACAAUUUGUUUCAGGAGUCCACGUUCAUUAGGAGUCCUUCUCAUAAUGUUGGGCCUAACUGAAUUGGGUUUAGCAUUGUAUAUAAGGUUAGGCAAACAGCAGAAUAUAACAGAUGAAAUCUUAAAGGAUAUCAAAGACACAUAUGUUGGUGUACAUACAUCACCGGUGCCACAUGGGGGAUUUAACAUCGAAUCUGACUGCUGGCAAAAAAUCGCUAAAGACCAUCCACUAUGUGAUUUUCUUUUGGAUAAUAUAACAUCCGUUGAUACAAACUUGACUGAGAAAAUGAAAUCUGGAGACAUUACAAAAUCACUAUAUGAUGCCAUAAAAUACUCUGAUUACAAUGAUGCAGAUCCCUUAGUGACUGAUGAGGACAUUGAAGUCUGUGCAAGAAGCCUUCAAGCAUCAAUUGACAGAGCAUAUGACAAAAAUAAAGGUUUAGCAUCAACAAUACUUCUCAUCGCUAUGGCAACACACAUAAUAUCAGCCAUCUUUCUUUUGGUCAUUUUUAAAAAAAUUCAAGAAAUAACACACGAAAAGGAAGUGAAUGGUGAAGAUGACAUUCAUGAAGAUGCAGAAGUGAACAAUCCAACAAUAGUACAUACUCCUCCUAACAAUACAGAUGACAACAUGAAUGAUGACAUAAUGGACUUAGAUGUCCUGGCGCAGAUGAGAGCCAAGCGAUUUGAAAAUAGACGUAAAAGUGCUGUUAGUAUGCUGACAUUUGACAUUGUACCCAUUGCUGAUGAUUACAUAUAAACAGCAACAUUGCUGAAAAUUC